GAACGCGGGCAGCCCGCCCCCUCCUCCCUUUCCCUCCUCCCAGCGCGCUCGGCUCGGGCGUGGAUAUUCUCCGGGAACUCAGCUCGCUGUCCAGCCUGGGCUCCUCGCCGCAGGCGACGAGCCUACAGCCUCUUCCGGGCGCUCUUCGCAGCUGGCUGCUGCAGCCACCGUCGCCGGUGCCUCGAGCGGAGCUGCAGUUUGCGCGCUGAGAGCUGGGCAGGGAUGGAAACCGUCAACCAGCUGGCCUCCAAGGGCAGUUUCCAGGCGGUGAAGGAACCCCUGGCUUUCCUGAGGCUGCUGGAGUGGCUUUUUGCAGUCUUUGCAUUUGCAACAUGUGGUGGCUAUUCUGGAGGACUGCGGCUCAGCGUGGACUGUGCAAACAGGACACAGAGCGACCGCAGCAUUGACAUAGCCUUUGCCUAUCCCUUCAGGUUGUACCAGGUGAAUUUUGAUGCUCCCACCUGUGAAGGCAGACGAGAAAAACUUUCACUAGUAGGCGACUUUUCUUCUUCUGCGGAAUUCUUUGUCACUGUGGCCGUCUUUGCCUUUCUCUACUCCUUGGCAGCCACAGUAGUUUACAUUUUCUUCCAGAACAAAUACCGUGAAAACAACAGGGGUCCUUUGAUUGACUUCAUUGUGACAGUGGUGUUUUCAUUCAUGUGGCUUGUGGGCUCUUCUGCUUGGGCUAAAGGACUAUCUGAUGUGAAGGUUGCCACUGACCCAGAUGAAGUACUGUUACUGAUGUCAGCUUGCAAACAACAGUCCAACAAGUGCUUACCUGUGUACAGCCCUGUUAUGUCAAGUCUUAAUACUUCAGUUGUCUUUGGAUUCUUGAACUUUAUUCUCUGGGCAGGAAAUAUCUGGUUUGUUUUUAAGGAGACUGGUUGGCAUUCUUCAGGUGCAAGGUACCCUCAAGACACCCUUGAGAAGCAGUCCAGCAGCUAUAACCAAGGAGGCUACAAUCAAGAUAGCUAUGGGUCGAGUGGUGGGUAUAACCAACAGGAAGGCAAUUUUGGGCAGCAAACUAAUUAUGGCCAAGUUGACGAGUUUGGCCAACAGCCACAGAGCUUUAGUCAGAGUGGCCCAACUUCAUUUACUAAUCAAAUGUAGCAGCUGCAGAGUUCUGAGAGCCCUUAUGCUGAUCGUUUUGUGUAGAAAGCUCAAACGUGGUGAUAGACAGCCCAUUUCUGAGUGUUUGUAGAUUAAUGUGAUGCAGAGUUUCAGCUAAUUCAAAGGUCCAUGAAUAUGAGCUGCGGGAGGUGGGCUGUGGCUCUUGUUUGUUUGCAGAUGAUGCAGCUCCCCCAGUGAAUGA